UGCUGGACCAGCUCCUGCCAGAGCUCAGCAUCUUACUCAAGCUGUUGGACCACGAGUACCUGAGUGCCACCACGCAGGAGAAGAAGCUGGCUGUCUCUACCAUCCUACAGAAACUGCAGCCGCCAGCAGGGAAGGAUGUGGACUACAUGUAUGUCAACACGGCGUCCCUGAGCAAUGGCACCAGCUUUGUGGAGUCUCUCUUUGAGGAGUUUGACUGUGACCUGCGGGAUCUCCAGGACAUGCAGGAGGAGGAGGGGGACACCAGCGAUGGCAUUGGCUUGGAGGUGGCAAGGAGCGAGACGGCAAAAGCUGUUCCUGUGGACCCUGCUCCGCCGCUGCCCACCACUCUGCCCUCUGCUUCCUCCACAGACAGCUCCAGCCCCCCCAACUCCAUCGAGGAUGGCUAUUAUGAGGACGCAGACAGCAACUACCCCGUCACCAGGAUGAACGGGGAGCAAAAAAACUCCUACAAUGACUCGGAUGCAAUGAGCAGCUCUUACGAGUCGUAUGACGAGGAGGAGGAAGAGGGGAAGGGCCAGCAGCUGACACACCAGUGGCCGUCAGAGGAAGCCUCCAUGAACCUGGUGAAGGAUUGCAGGAUUUGCGCUUUCCUGUUGCGCAAGAAGCGCUUUGGACAGUGGGCCAAGCAGCUCACCAUCAUACGGGAUGGCAAACUGCUGUGCUACAAAAGCUCCAAGGACCGGCAGCCGCACGUGGAGGUGCCCCUGGGGACCUGCAAUGUCAUCUACGUCCCCAAGGAUGGGCGGCGCAAGAAGCACGAGCUGCGGUUCUCGCUGCCGGGAGCCGAGGCGCUGGUGCUGGCCGUGCAGAGCAAGGAGCAGGCUGAGGAGUGGCUGAAGGUGAUAAAGGAAGCCAGCAGUCCGGCAGCGGGCGGGAUGGAAGCCCCCACCUCCCCGGUGAUGCCAUGCAAGAUGGACCUGGAUAAGCGGCUGUCGCAGGAGAAGCGCACCUCUACUCAGACUGACUCAGACAGCGUGGCAGCAGGCGAGACUGGCUCCCCGGCAGCCCGCAGAGAGCCCAGCGAGCACGGGAAAGGCAAAAAAUGUGGCUUGGCUGACCUGAAGGGCUCGAUGAGCCGGGCAGCAGGGAAGAAGAUCACCAGGAUUAUCAGCUUCUCCAAGAAGAAGCCUUCCCCUGAGGACACGCAGACCUCCUCCACCGAGGAGGACAUCCCCUGCUGCGGCCACCUCAGCGUCCUGGUUAACCAGUGCUGGAAGGAGCGCUGGUGUCGCCUGAAGGGCAACACCCUCUACUUCCACAAGGACCGCACGGACCUGCGGACCCACGUGAACGCCAUCGUCCUCCGGGGCUGCGAGGUGGUCCCAGGGCUGGGCCCCAAACACCCCUUCGCUUUCCGCAUCCUUCGCAAUGGGCAGGAGGUGGCAGCGCUGGAGGCAAGCUGCUCUGAAGACCUGGGCCGCUGGCUGGGUCUCCUUUUGGUGGAGACGGGCUCGCAGACGGCACCGGAGGCCUUGCACUAUGACUACGUGGACGUGGAGACAAUUGCCAACAUAGUGACGGCUGUGAGGCACUCCUACCUGUGGGCUAGCUCCUCCCAGGACCACCGGCCAGACUCCUCCCGCGUGGUGUACGAUGAUGUUCCCUAUGAGAAGGUUCAGGUGAGCGCCGAGGAGGAGCCGGGGCGGCUGGCAGGAGCGCAGGUGAAGCGCCAUGCCUCCUCCUGCAGUGAGAAGUCACGGCGGGUAGACCCGCAAGUCAAAGUGAAGAGGCACGCAUCGAAUGCCAACCAGUACAGGUACGGGAAAAACCGGGCCGAAGAGGACGCCAGGCGAUUUCUGACGGAGAAGGAGAAGCUGGAGAAAGAGAAAGCAUCGAUCCGCAGUGAGCUGGUGUUGCUGCGGAAAGAGAAGCGAGAGCUGCGGGAAGCCAUGAAGGGCAGCACAGGGUCAAAGCUGCAGGACCUGCAGCAGCGGGUGGCGGUGCUGGAGUCGCUGGCGGGAGGGCCAGCGCUGGGGCUGGCUGUGACCAGCAAGGCUGAGACCGAGGAAGCUACAAACAAGCCAAAUGGGAGCCCCUCUGAGCACUUGGUCCCUGUUAACUGUGCAGCUGAACUGAGGAAGAGAAGUCCCUCCAUCCUCCCUGCCAACAAAGGAAAUGUGCUGCGGAAGGCCAAGGAAUGGGAAAAGAAGCAGACUUAA